AUUCAGUCUAUCUCGGAAUUUUGAGUAAAACGGUUGAAAAUGAGAGUACUACGCGUGUUUCUAACUCUUCUGUGCCUUAAUUUGUGUAAACAUUUAGUAGUAAAAGCUGCUAGCGGUUAUUUGGAUAUUCUGAAGGUUAGAGGAGAUCAGAAUGGAUCAGUGUUCGAUUUGGAAUUGGAUGUAACAAGUGGAAUUUAUAAGUCAGGAUACGAGAGCAAUGUUAGAGAGAUUUAUCGAUUGCAUAUUGUCUCUUAUGGAAGUGAUAAAGUCUAUAUCUCCGCAAAACAAAGUGAAUCUUUUCUAAGAAAUGGUGAUGUUGUAACUGAUCCAGAUGACCUUCCAGUGAAUAUUUCUGAACAGAAACUUAAAGAUUUCAUUCUCACUUCAGAAGGCAAAAUUAUUGUGAGGAAAAAUGAUCCCGAAAAUAAUUGGAAUUUUUACAAAACCAUUGGAAACUUUUUGAUUUUCGACUAUUCUGUUUUCGAAGAUAAUCGUAAGGAAGAGAGGAGUGUUUUCAAAAGUGUGCUUCCAACCAUUUACGGUUCUUGCAAUAUUAAUAGCAUAGGAGCAAUGACUGGAUGGGACAGUUUUAGUGUAAAACAAUUCUUUGAUCCCUUUGGGACUGAUUGUGAAAACUCUACUUCGAAAAAUGUUAGAGUCCUCAGUGAUGUCGAAGGAUUAACAAAACCUCACGGUUUGAAAGUCAGUAACUACAGAGAGUACAAUCUUUUAAGGAAAAAGGAGAGCUUUAUCCUGGACUCUUUGAUUACCAACCAGAAGAUUUUCUGGAGUCCUGUCGAAGGAAAAUCCUUGGUUCACUUCCUUCAAACGUCCUACAAAUUCAAUUUCGUUGAGGAAUCUACAUUAUCAGUUGAUGACACUGACUUUGACUUUGAAAGUGAGAAGAAUUUGGAAUUAGUGACAUCAAACCCUAUUGAAGCUGAAAGUGUAGUUAACCUCAAAUCAAUGGAGAAUAUCAAUUCAGAAACGCUUAUAAGUUGUGUAAGAGACAGACUUAAAGAUAUAUCAUUUAUAUGGGAAAAAUCUCGAAUUAUUUCAACAAGACAUGAUCAGUUAGUUGGACGAGAACUUACUGAAAUAAUUUCAGUAAUGGAGUUAUUCAAGUUUCAACAAUUUUAUGAUCUUUGGAUUUUACUAAGCAACGAUACAUCAGUUGAAGCUUCCAAAGAACUGGAUAUUUUCUACAAAAUUGUUCCGUAUAUCGGAACAGAAGAAUGUGUGCUCUUUAUCAAGAAACUCAUUAUUUUGAAAGAAGUCGGAAACAAUUUGAUGGAGAAGAUGCUGACCAAACUCGCUGGUAGCAUUAGGCAACCUACUCCUAAAGUCGCUGAAGCUUUGAAGGAAGUUUGGGACUCUAAUAAAAAUGUAAAUGCUGCCCUUUUGGCUUAUACAUCGGCCCUUGGAGCAGGAUUUCGUAUCAAUCCUGCGGUCUUGCAUGACCUUAUGGAACAAGCUAAGAAGGAUUUAUUCGAAAAAAUCAGUAAAUCAUCGUCAAAUUUCAACAACCAGCGACUUUAUUAUCAAGCAUUAGGCAACCUGAAUUGUAUCAGUUUAGCUGAUGACAAUGUCAUAAAGCUUCGUUCAGUGAUGUUCAAUAACGAUAUGCUAAUGCAUCUCAUUUUAGCAUUAGAGAAGUCAACUGAUGGGCAAUACGUGUUUGAUCUAAUGCUUAAGAUUUUGAGGGACGUAUCUAAAAGUUCCGAACUUAGGGCCGUGGCUCUAAGGAUAGCUCUUAAGAGAAUGCCAUCGUAUGAUCAAUACGAAACCCUUGCGAGAGUAAUGGACGAAGAUACAAACUAUGAGCUUUACAAUAUUUUUGAGUCGUCAGUUAGAGCUUUCGUUAAAGUUAAGGAACUUCCGGAAUCGGCUCUGUUGUGGCUUCGAAAUAGAGAACCAAUGAGUCGAUCAAUGGCAUUUGCUUACGAAAGCCCAGAAGAUUAUCCAUUGGCCUUUUCAGUUCGGGGAUACCUCUUCUUUAACGAUUUAACUUGGGGCCUACAGCAAAUCCAUUUCGAUGUAUAUCAAAAGUACGGUGACCGUAAAUUAAAGAUGUACACAAUUUUUGUCAGACUCCUUAACUUGAAAAAUCUUAAUUCACUUUCAAACAUUAGACAGAACUUAAUUAAACAGGGCAAUAUCAGCUAUGAAUUUUCUUUAUACAGAGGUAAUGUGCUAAUUAUGUCACUUGUUGAUAACGUUGACUUUAAGAAAAUCCAUAAAUAUUUUAAAGAGAGUGUCUGUGAAUACGCUUUACUUCCUUAUAUUACGCAAAUGGAAGAGGUUUUCCAACAUUAUAACUUUGAUUACUUUUUCCUUACUGAUACUGGACGUAAUGCUCAUUUAUACUUUCAUAUCCCAUGGAUGUACUCCUACUAUUUGGAAUCCCUUAAAGUAGAAAAAAUGUCCGCUUCCAUGAAUGUCUUAGUUAGUUUAAAUGCUACUGCACAGAGUGUUACUGGAUUAUUUUUGUAUCAUCCUAAACUGCAAGGUCUUCAAGGUUCAUGGGAACUUUCUAGUGUUCGUUUUACCGAUCAGAUUGCGUUCAAAAUGUAUAGCUAUAUACAUAAUAGGUACUUCAAUUUGUUUUUCGAGCUUACUGAUAGCCUAACCUCUUUACAUGGUAUUCAAUUUAAGAAGGAGACAACAGUACACUUACACGAGGUCGGAGAUGAAUCGGGUCCGUUAAAAAAGGUUGAAAUGUUGAUUCAGCAUGCUGACAUUGAUGUAAUUCCUUAUCCAAUAUCGCAAGAUUUAGUCUUGUUCCAUUCAGAUUUUGGUUAUAAAUAUCACAUGCAAGUUUUCGGUUAUAAUACUCCACCGAAUAAUAAAGAAUUCCCAGAGUCUCUGGAUGAAAUGAUGUACAAGAAACCAUUUUCAGACGUCUUCAAAGACUCUGAUGAGGAAUUUUUAGUCUCUCUACUGAGCUACAUUAACUGGAACUUCUUAGCCCAUUCAGCCUAUUCGUACAAUUUCAAGGCAACCAUUGAACCAAGUGAUGUAUUCCCGAUUACAAAAUAUGCUCUUAGUGUAGGCCCUAGUCAAGAAUAUUUGAUUGAGUUCAAAGACAAAGACGAUAAUGUUCGAGUUUACUACAAAUUAAGUACAAAAAGAAACAUAUACAGUUAUAUACAGCUUUUGAGGAUGGGGCUUGGACUUAAGUCUUCAGGAAUAUGUUUUGGUCAUAUUGUUGAUGAAAGUGAUGAGUCAAUGUAUCAUUUAACCUACGGAACUGGUUCAGGCGAUCUUUCUGAAUGUCCAAUGGAUCAAUUUAGUUUGUCUGUAAGGUUUAAAUCGGAUUUUUCUUUUGAACAAAUAGAAAAUCACAAUAAUGAGAGACUGACGUAUGUUGAAUGUACUCAUACGUCACCAUAUCUUCAGUCAAAAGACCCAACCAACAACCACGGAUGUGGAAAAGCUGCUUCAACAUUCAGAAAUAUGGACGUGAAGCUUAGUUAUGAAAAUAUUCCUAAAAAACUUAUGAAAUAUAUUAAUCAAAUAUGGACUUGGUUCUUGAAAACAAAUAACGGAAAUUCGUUAACAAAUCAUGUUAGUAUUCAAUCUUCUACAGAUAUUACUGUCAAAGCUUUUUACCCCAUGACUGAACCUUUCCUUAAUCUAGACGUCAUACUUUCUGAACAAACGUAUUCUUUUAAACUGCCCCCAACUUUAUUAACACCGGAUAAUUUAGGUAUUUCGGAUUUCUUUUAUGUGUCCGACUUCUUUUUCCCAGCUCCGUAUUGUGUAGUUGUUGUUACAGAAAAUAGGCUUAAAUCUUCAAGGCACUAUCUCCAUACUGACUCCAGUUCGUGGACCGAAUAUGCCAAUAUUAAUUUAGUCAAAAUUUAUGUGAAAAAAGUAUCAAAAGAUAAGCUGGCUCUUAAAAUCGAAUAUCCUAAAACUGAAGUUACAGUCUUUCCCAAAAUCAACUCAACAUCCUUUGAGAAAUACGAUAUUACUCUUGGAGAAAAAGGAAUCGAUCUGAUACCAGUAAACUGGGCUCACAGAAGGACACAAAGCGUCACAGUUUUGGACACAAUCUUUUUCGUUCCGGAAGCUUCGAAAGAGGAAAAUCACUUUAUGAUUGGUUAUAAUGGUCACGGUAUAACGAUUUUUGGGUCUUAUAAUGCAGAUCAAAACUAUGGAAAAUGUUUCGGGUUGCAAGCUGUAAAUAUAGAAGGGGAAACGGACUACGAAACCUGUGAUAAUUUUAUUUAAGUUUAAAUAUCACUCGUUAGUUUGGGAACUUCAAUUUGAACCACUGUCAAAUACAAAUUAAAAAAAGUAAUAUUAGCAUUGAGUCAUACUUAUUAGAAUUUUGAGACACUAUGUAAACGAAAAUAAAGCAAAUGUUUUUAUGUGUCAAUUUUUAUAAAUAAAGAUUCUUUUCAAUUACAA